GACAGCCUGUACAUUACUGGGAUUCGCUCGUUCCUUCUCUCUUUCGUAAUCCGCCAAACUGGGGUUAGACUUCUCCCAAACCCUCAACGCGGCUUCAUAGGCAUCCCAAACCAUCGUACCCCCCCUUUCCCCGCCAAAUUCAUCGUCGUUAGACAGACGAGCUGUUUUUGCGUCUCCCGUCGCUUGAUUUUUCUGCUUCCCUUUCUGACCGUUUUCUGACCUCUCUUCAAACGUGGGUGGAGGUGGAACUCUCAACCCGACCACUGUCGCGCAUUCAGCGUACAAUGCACCAGGUUUAAGUACCUCCUCUGGCAUUUCUGUGUGGCGUUUGUCGAUGAGAGAAUCUGACGGACUAUUUUUCUUGCUCUUGGCAUCGUCAAAGUGUGAGGUGGAGAAGACUUUGAAUGGUGUUGGAAGGAAUAAGACAUGAAGUACAGACUGUAUUGCAUAGCGUCCACCAAUGGUCAUCGACAAGAAGAGUCUAGAAGUAUGUAGGAACUUACAAGAAUAUUCCUAACCAAGACCCAGGGCCGCCCAAGCCGACUCCGAGCAUUCUGCCUAAUGUGUCAGAUCUGCUAACGCCUGGAGACACGCUUAUGGCCACUAUAUUUGACUUUUGGUUCUUUCCGCUGACUACAGGGACAGCGCUAGAACCUGCCGAAGUUUUUGGGACCUGAGCGGAAGGAAGGGCAUCGAGGAUCCGCUGUAGAUGACGAGUAAAUAUGAUUGUUUGUAGGGAUCGGCUUCCCUCUAGGAAUAAUAGCGACGACUGUUUGGGAGGUUGGGGCGACGAGUUUGGCGCAAGAGAUUGGAAAAGGUUGGAAUAAAAGAUUGACAGAUCUGGAACGGCAGCUGCGUAGAAUCUGUUCACCACGUUGAUGAUACGAAUGUCUCUCUCAGCAGGAGCUGUUAGGAGAGCGGGAAGUAGCAAUGUUGUCAUCAGGAAUGUCGCCAGAGCACGUCUAUCCCUCUGCUCCUGGACGCUUGUCGUCUCUUUCGUUACGAAGCUGAACGUUCCGAGUGACUCGUACUCGUGUGCAAAGAUCAAGGCAUCCAACCUCUUGUCAUCUCCUUGUAAGAAGCGUUUACAGAAUGCCUGAAUCGACGCUGGAGCCUCCAAGUCGCAUUGCUCUGCAUAGAUGAGUUCAUUCUUGGUCGUUGAACGUAAAAGAUCAAUGAGAGUAGUGAUAUGCUCUGAAGAAACCGGAAAUGUAGUCAAUGCAAUUAUAUGGGCCCCUCGUUUAGCGAGUUGUUGGAGGAGAGUGAGGCCAAGGGGUGUAAAGGCUCCAGUGAUGAGGACAACUCUACCAUGCAAGUCUCUUUCGCGAUUCGUCUUUCUACCCUGGAAGAUAACGUGGAGUGCAAAGGUCGAUACAAGAGCGAUAACGAUGUGAGUGAUAUAUUGAGUUGGAAAAUAUUUCGAGCCAAUGCUUGCGAGAAUGGCGAGGACCAUGACCAAGCCGGAAAGUGUUUACAACCGAGGACUUAGCCAAAUAACGCCCUCCUUACCCUCUCAAAAUCAUGUCCCUCAAAGUCCCAAAAUCGAAUAAUCUUCAAUUAUUCAAGGAGGGAUACAAGCAUCUCCAAGGUCUCGAGGAGGCAGUUCUACGAAAUAUACAAGCAGUCAAUGAGCUAUCUGAUCUGGUCAGAACGAGUUUUGGGCCCAAUGGUCGGAAUAAGCUCCUUAUCAACCAUCUUGGGCGACUAUUUGUAACAAGCGAUGCUGCCACAAUUAUUCGCGAAGUGGAAGUCGUUCAUCCCGCUGCUAAAUUAUUAGUCAUGGCAUCGCAAGCUCAAGAAGUCGAGAUGGGCGACGCGACAAACAUGGUCAUUAUCCUUGCUGGCGAACUACUCAAAAAGUCGGAACAGCUGCUGAUCAUGGGUCUGCACCCAAGCGAGGUCAUCAAAGGAUACGAGCUAGCGUGUACAAAAGCAUUGGAGGAAUUAGAGAAACUCUCGACAUUUUUACUCCCUUCGCCAGUCACACACGCAUCUCUCACUACGGCCCUCAAACCGUCCAUUGCAUCCAAACAAUAUGGCUAUGAAGAUGUGCUCUCUUCGCUCGUCGCUGAAGCUGCAUUAGCUGUCAUGCCCCCGAACCCCAAAAAUUUCAAUGUGGACAAUGUCAGAGUCGUAAAAAUUAUGGGAGGUAGUCUAAAUGGUAGCAAAGUCGUUUUGGGAAUGGUUUUCGGUCGCGAACCCGAAGGUACCAUAAAAAAGGCCACGAAGGCUAAAGUAGCCGUCUUCACUUCUGCAUUAGACGUCGCACAGACGGAAACAAAGGGGACAGUACUGAUUAAGAAUGCUAACGAGAUGCUUAACUUCACCCGUGGCGAAGAAAAACAUUUGGAAAAGAUUUUCAAAGAAAUUGCUGACUCAGGUGUGCGAGUGAUCAUCGCUGGGACCUCUGUUGGCGAGCUUGCAUUACACUAUCUCAACCGCUUCAACAUCGCCGUUCUGAAGGUCCUAUCCAAAUUUGACUUGAGGCGGGUUGCUCGGGUCGUUAAUGCUACUCCACUCGCGCGAAUCGGUGCUCCAACACCAGAGGAGGCUGGAUACGUUGAUAUCUUUGAGACGAGCGAAGUGGGUGGAGAUCGGGUCACCGUCUUACGACAGUUGGCGCCAGGUGAUGAAGGCUUCGAUCCUCUGGCUAAAGGGGAAAGAACGAAAACAGUGACGAUCGUUUUGAGAGGAGCAACCGCGAACAGAUUGGAUGAUCUUGAACGGGCAGUGGAUGAUGGUGUGAACGUUAUCAAAGGAUUAUUGAAGGAUCCACGAAUGGUUCCAGGUGCGGGUGCAACGGAACUUGAGUUGGGAAGACGAGUGGAAAUUUACGGAAGUGGACUCAAGGGAUUGGUACAACACGCUGUAAAAAGAUACUCUAAUGCCCUUGAGGUUGUCCCGAGGGUACUCGCAGAGAACGCUUUGGGGGGAAGAGAGGGCAACGAGGUUGUCAGCAGAUUAUGGGGGAAGCACGAAGGAGACCAAGGGACAGGCGGGGGGGAGGUUUGGGGAGUGGACGUUGAGGCGGAGUCAGACGGUACUCUUGAUGCUAAUGCUCACAAAAUAUUCGACUCGCUUGUGGUCAAGUCUUGGGCUAUACGACAAGCAACCGAGGCUGCGGUCGCCGUCUUGAGUGUCGAUAGCAUCAUUAUGAGCAAGCCAGCCGGAGGACCUAAAAUCCCGCAGCAAAGCGGGAACUGGGACGAGGACGAUUAACAUGUUAGAGUUCUAGAACUAUAAGUAUGUAGAAUACGUACGAUCUAUUACUGUAAAUUUUCUCGCUCAAGGAUAGCUAAAGGACCGUUGAGUGCUCGACGGAGCUUGCACCACAUUGUAAGAAUAGGUGCCCAGUGCUUCUUCUGAAUUUCGACGACCAUGAAGGCCUAUUACCGUCUGUACCACCACCACCUCUGAGAGGCAUGGUACACUAAUGGUAUAUGAAGCUUUGACCCAAGGCGAUCCGUAACGUCGGAGGUUG